AUGCCGGAAUUCCACCUGUUUGGCAGUCUGCCAUGUGAGUUGAGACUCACAAUCUGGGAACUGGCACUGAUUCCCACCCGCCAGGAUCGCCCCGGCAUCCAAUUCUUCUCCGUGACGAACCACCGAAAAGACGGAGACGAAUUGAAGACGCUCAGAGUCCAAUGUCGCCUUGGCUCUGAGUGUGCCACCGGACACGGCUCCCGCUAUUGCCUCGCCGCCCCAAAGCUUGGCUCUGGCGAGAAUGUCGGCCACUCGUGGACGGGAAACCACAACCCGUCCACAUAUCUCCUAAACCACGGCCUGUUCAGCGCUUGCCCCGAGUCGAGAAAAGUCGCCGAGAAGGCUUACAGGAUAUGGGACUCGGAAGAGGCACUUGCAGAGGUGCAGAGUCGGGUUCCCCGAGCGCCAGGCCCUGUCCAUGGCUCCGCCCGUGUGCCGUUCGUCGCCUCCUCACGCAAUGGAGAAGAAUGGCAAUUCCAGAUCAACCCCAGCAGCGAUCUCGUUUGCCUGCAGCCUCUGGACCCAACCACCAUCUGCCUGAAUCGGAGGUUCAUGGACGAUCUCUGCGUGGUCCGUCGAGACAGGGGCUUGCACGGGUUUCUCAAUCUGGCGUUUGAAUACGCUCCGAGUUGGCGCCUUGGCUUAGAGCAGCACAGGCCAAAGUUCAGCUCUCUGUACCGCCUCUUCAGCGAGCCAAGCCCUCGAGGAUUCUUCCUGCGUGCCCUUGUCUUCGCGGACAACAACCAGUCUCGGCAGACCAACGUCUCGCUUUGGCUCAUCGACUACAGCCUGAAGCGAGAGAGGACGAGCGUCGUAACGGGGCGUGGCCAGGAGUUUUACGGCAUCGGUCAGAAGUUUGUCGAGGUCGACGACGGCACGAUCGCGGACUAUUCGACUGGCGAGCUUGGUUCGGCGCUGGAUUUCUUGAGAGACCUCGACCGGUUGUUCUGCGGCUUGAGACCCUGCCACAUUCUCUGGCACUAUAAGAUGAAGGAGCCGGCGGAGUGCAGGGUGUGUAGACAGGCGCGAGUGCAGGGAUACCGUGCCAGUCAAGCUGGUCGCGUCGUGGCUUGUGAGAAGUCUGUUUGA